CUAACAUCACAUAAUAUAUUAUAACAUUACUUGAGAAAUUAUACAAAUUCUUAUAUAUAAUAUAUUAUGUGUGUAUUUACAUAAUAAAACUAGUGUGAAAAAUUAAGAGAGCAUUGAAUUUUGUCAAUUUACUUCAGAAUGCAAAAUAUAUUAAAUUGUCAAUACAGUGGAAAACCUAAAGGUGGAAAAAACGAUAGCACUGUAACGCAAAACAUUUGCAACGGAAUUAAGGUAUUUCUUGCGGAAUUCUUAGGAACCUUCAUUUUUAUGUUCCUAGGGUGUGGGUGUCUCAACAGCCACUCCAUAGUUAACUGGAAUGAGUUCACUGGCAGCUACUCUUUUGGAGUCACUUUUGCUGCAGCUGUACAAGUAAGUUAUAAUACUUCGUACGGUCAUCUGAAUCCAGUGGUCACUCUCAUUUUCUUCAUGUAUGGAUAUAUUUCUAUCAAACUUGUAAUAGUAUAUGUAAUAGCACAACUGUUGGGAGCUAUUGUAGGUACAGCGCUUUAUAAGUUCCUGUCCGAACAGAAUUUCCAUAUUCUGACUAUUGGGAAAGACCCAUAUUCAUGCGAGACGAGAAUCCACCCGAAGUUAGGUUCUGGACUGGCAUUCAUGUGGGAAUUUCUAGGAUCAAUUCUUCUUGGACUCUUCAUCUCCUCUUUCCUAGAUCCAAGAUCUCCAAAAAACCGUGAAAACUAUUCAAUGAAAAUGGCACUACUGAUUGGUGUUCUCAACACUGUCUUGACUCCUUAUACUGGAGGAAGCUUAAAUCCUGCUAGAAGUUUUGCUCCAGCCUUUAUUAACAAUCACUGGCUUGACCAAUGGGCCAUAGCGAAUAGAAGAAACUCGGUACCAGAUAGAGUAAGGUGAAUAUCAUUAAUGAAGAGGAGAAAGAGAAAAGGACCAAGAUGGGAGCCUUGUGGCACACCAGAUAAAACAGAAAAGGAAACGACUUGAUUUUAACUAUUUUGGUGCGUUCAGAUAAAAAGUAUGUUAUGAUCAAUUUUGUCAAAGCAUUGGAAAAAUCUACAUAUACAGAAUCCACCAAUCAUCGGCUAUAGCGUAAAAAAAUAUAAUUUUGAUAUAUUAGCAAAUUAAUAACUAUUGACCUGCCAGUACAGAAGCCAU